GUCUCUUUUUGACUCGCAGAGACGGUUAUCGAGACGGUUGCAGUGUUGGCUCCUCUGUGCUCUCUCUCUCUCUUUCUCUUCUUCGUUCUGGCUGACACACACUGCAGCACACACACAAAAAAGCUGAGUUUGCAUCCACAUUUUCCAACAACAGUCUCCCCGGUUUGUUCUUCACUCGCUUAAAACUAGGCCAAUUUUCUCGCCAGUUUUGCGACUUGUCGUCAUUUACUUCAAAUCAACGCCGAUUCAACACAUUUUGUCCAUCUUUUCAUCAUGAGCUGGCAAGAUUACGUCGACAAACAGCUUUUGGCUUCAGGUUUCGUCAACCACGCCGCGAUCAUCGGCACAGACGGUUCUUUGUGGGCCAAAUCUGCAGCAUUCAAUGUGACACCUUCUGAGCUGACCACAUUUGCAAACAACUAUUCGUCACCAGAAUUUUUCCAAGCUAAUGGUCUAACAUUGGCAGGUAUUCGGUUUAUCUUCCUCUCAGGAACUGACAGAGUCUUGCGAGCCAAGAAGAACAAGAGUGGCCUCCACUGCAUGAAAACCGAGAAGGCUAUCGUGGUGUCUAUCUAUGAGGAGCCAACAACCCCCCAGCAAGCUGCCAAUGUAGUUGAAAAGCUGGGAGAAUACCUCAUGGGCCAUGGCUACUAGAAGAGCAGUGGAAAGGGCCAGCACACAAGGGAGCGGGGAAAAGGCCAGCCAGAAGUGAGAAAAUCCGGACAAAAUUUGGAUGCUUCAGACCAAUCAGGAGAUCAUUCAGCAUCAUCACCACUUUUUCAGCCUUGUUAAAAUUAAUUUCCACUCAGUUUAUUGGAUGGUUACAAGUCCAAGAUGGAUUCUUCUCUUUUCUCUUUAGUGUAAUUUCUUUUAUUUUUUUUUAUUUUGUUAUUGUAGAGACGAGAAACGUUUGCCCAUUCCUUUGCGUCCCUUUCCUAUUCGAAAAAGGAGGGAGUGGGUGUAAAUUUUGUCUGGGGUCGAUAAUUUCUUCUGAUUCGUUGAAAAACGCGAACAAGCCAAGAGUUGGGAAGUUUGAGAAUGUUGGAGAUCCCGAAAUGGCAGUGUCGCUCCUUUUUGUGUUUCAGAUCGUUUUCCACCCAGUCGUAUUCAAAGCAUGUUUUUUGUAUUUUUUUUUUUCUUGUGUUAAACUAAACAAACUACUCUCCCA